AUGGCAAAAAAACGUGCAAAGGACAAGGUGUCCCCUGCCUUACCUCAAACCCCCGCAAAAAAGGCUGAAAUUCUUCAAAACCUUGCAAGUACUCCUCGCACAAGGAAGAUUCUUGAAAAAAAGAAGUUCGUGAGACCAGUUGAGGAGCAACAAAAUAUCGAAGCAAUGGAGUGUUUGGUAGAAGAUUUGGCAGAAGGAUUGUCCAAAGUCAAAAAAGCUAAGUCGACUGAUGAAAGAGCAGCUUAUAACUGUACGCGCUCUUUGGCUUUUGGAUCUUCUGUCAAAAAAAACAAGCACCAAACACGGAUUGCCAAGAUGAUGGGAGUAAAAAGAAGCCAGGUGUCCAAAGCUAUCAAACAUAGAGAAAGAGUUUUGAAGGGUGAUGAGGCCUGCUGGUUGAGCACAAAAAGAAAUGUCAGGUGUGACGCGAUUAAAGAAGAAGAUAAGCGUGUUAUCUACGAUUUUUGGACCCUACAAGCAAGUCGACCCACUGGAUCCAAAAGAGACAAGAUGCGGCAACGAAUUGGCAAAAAGGAGUAUGUGGAGCACGCAAAGCAUAUCCUUGAAAAGACUCAAACAGAGUGUUUCAAAGAAUUCCAGGAGCUACAUCCCGACAUAAAAGUGAAACAACGAAGAUUUGAGCAGUUGAAGCCUUUCUUUGUUACUGGAGCUAGAGAGAGAGAUAGACAAUCUUGCUUGUGUAGGAAGCAUGUAGAAUGCAAAAUUGUAUUUGAUUCUUGCAUGAAAUAUCGAAAAUCCAUACAAAAUAAUGAAGUUCAAGCCUUUAAUUUUCUCACUGAAGCUGUGGAAUCCACAUUGUGUGAAAAGCCAGAAGACUCCAGCUAUUCCUCUCUAGACUGCCUGACAAGGAGCUGUGACAAGUGUGGGGUGAAGAACUUCAAGACAGCAGCUGAAGAAAUGUCUGAAACUGAAGUCAAGUGGAAACGAUAUGAAUACAUAACGUACAAAGAUAACAAUGGCGAGGAAAAAAGGAAAAUCCACUUGGUCCAAAAGAAACUCCUGUCAAAGAGAUGUUUGACUAUUUCCAGCAACUCCUGAAAGAUUAUCCCUACCAUUCAUUUAUGGCCAAAUGGCAAAAAGAACAGUUUGAUCAUUUAAUGACAAACCUGCCUCUCAACCAUAUCAUCUGUGUGCAUGAUUUUUCUGAGAAUUACACUUGCAGAUCACAAGAUGAAAUUCAAUCAGAGUAUUUCGAUCCUGUGAAAGUCAGCAUUCAUGUGUCAAUUGUCUAUCGCCAUGCUGAUAUUGACAUUGAUGGCAAAGCAAGUACAGAACAAGACCCUGUCCUCAUCAAAGAGCACAUCUUUGCCCUUUCAGAAGACAACACUCAAGACUACCAUUUUGUACACCACACCCAAGGCCUAAUACUGACGUACCUUAGGAAUGAGGUCAAAGUGAAAGUAGACAAAGUUCAUGAAUUCACUGAUGGGUGUGCUGGACAAUACAAAUCUAAGCACACUUUUGGUGAUUUGUCAUGUUCUUUGUCUGACUUUGGGUGUCAGGUGGACCGGCAUUUCUUUGAAACCUCUCAUGCAAAAGGAGAGCAAGAUGCAGCAGGUGCUAAUGUCAAACAACGUGCUACUCUUGCUGUGAUUCGAAGAGAAGCAUCCAUCAAGUCUGCAAAGGAGCUCUAUGAGUAUCUGAAGGACAAGUUCUCUUUGCCAUCUUCAACCAACAGCAAAACCACCUUAAACAAGAGAGUAUACUUCUACAUUCCACUAAAUGGAGAAGGAGCUGUUGACAGAAACAGAAUUGGCCGCACUUUUAAAGAGCUAAAAGGGAUUAGAAAAAUCCACUCUGUAAAAACAACUUCUCAGCAAUGUAAGGUGAAGACAAGGCUA